AUGGAAACGCGGCUGGAGCAGGCGCUGGAGAUGGAAACUACAGUGCACGUGGAGAAGUACGUGCACAGGGAGUCAAUUGAAGUUCUGGUCGAGGAAGCCUCAACGCUGUUUUCGACGAGAAAGGGAGGGAGGUACAGGGUUACGAUAGACUCUGCCCCGAGGUGUGACGAGAUUUGUCCGGAGUACGUGGAGAUGAAGGAGAAGACGUCAGGGAGCUGGGUCCACUGCAGACACGUGUACGCGGUGCUGCGGGUGGGACUCAGGCUGUUCGACUUCACUGACGAAGACGAAACAGGGGUGCCGUUGAUCCACCAGGCUACGUUUUCGGAGAAGGAGCUUAGAUCGAUUUUGUCACAGGGCCUAGACGUCAAAGCGAUGGGGGGAGAAUUAAUAGAAUACGCAACAGAAGAAGAAUCGGCCGCCAGGCAGAGGCGGCCGCCAUGCUGGCCGGACUCCACUCCACUGUAG